UCGAAGACCUGACCCAUGUCUUUUGUGCAUUUUAUGACCCCUUUUUUAAUCUUUUUCCGUGUUUGUUUCUUAAUUCUGUCCAAUUUAAAUCACAAUCUCUCUAUGCAUACACACAAAAUAUGAGUUAGUUCACCUGAGCUGAUGAACUAACUUCCCUAUUUUGGUUGGGUUUCAGAGUAAUUACGUAAAGAAUUUGAAAGAAGAAAGCAAAGCCCAACAUUUUUUUUUAGUGUUUUUGAUGUGAAAUGGGAUCAAUGAAGCGAGCAAAGUUCGAUUCAUUGAUCUCAAUGAGUCGAUUCAGAUCGAUUCAGGUGUUGUUGGGUCUCCUGUUUUUGUAUCUACUAUUCGUGAGCUUUGAGAUUCCGUUGGUUUUGAGAACUGGGCUCUGGUUGGAAUCAUCUGAGGUCGAGUCCACUGAAACCCUCAUCUCCAAUCCAAUCAUCAGAAGCGUAAAUGAUAACCAGUUUUCAAGAAAAGAGAAGGAAAAACAGGUUUUCCGGUCACCGGCGCGGAAGAUGGGAGAAUAUAAGAAAAUUUCUGGCCUCAUUUUCGACGAAAAUGCGUUCAAUAGCGUCAGUAAGGAUGAAUUUUCGGAGUUGCACAGAGCAGCCAGGGAUGCAUUUGUGUUGGGAAAGAAAUUUCUACAGGAAUUUGAGUCGGGGAAAACCCGGUCUGAGGUCGAGAACCGGACGAUGAACAUGGCCUCCGAGCCCUGCCCGAACUCUGUGUUUGUGUCUAUGGAGGACUUUUUGAAGAAGGGGAAUUUGAUGGUGAUACCUUGCGGGUUGUCGUUAGGGUCCCACAUAACAGUGGUGGGGACGCCGCGGCUGGCCCAUUUGGAGAGCGAGUCAAGGAUCGCGCUUGUGAAGGAGGAUGGGGAGAACAAGAUGGUGUCGCAGUUCAUGAUGGAGUUGCAGGGACUGAAGGCUGUGGAUGGUGAGGACCCUCCGAAGAUACUGCAUUUUAACCCACGGAUCAAAGGGGAUUGGAGUGGCCGGCCUGUGAUUGAGCAGAACACUUGUUAUCGGAUGCAGUGGGCAUCCGCGCAACGGUGUGAGGGGUGGAGGUCCAGUGUCGAUGAGGAAACUGUUGAUGGACAGGUGAAAUGUGAGAAGUGGAUACGCGACGAUGAUAAUCACUCUGAAGAAUCAAGGGCCACAUGGUGGUUGAAAAGGCUGAUUGGGAGGACAAAGAAGGUUACAGUUGAUUGGCCUUACCCUUUUGUUGAGGGCAAGUUGUUUGUUCUUACACUCAGUGCUGGGUUGGAAGGGUAUCAUAUCAAUGUAGAUGGAAGGCAUGUCUCUUCAUUUCCUUAUCGGCCUGGUUUUACUCUUGAGGAUGCCACGGGUCUGUUUCUGAAUGGAGACAUUGACGUGCAUUCUAUUUUUGCUGCUUCGUUACCUACCUCACAUCCAAGUUUUGCUCAGCAAAGGAAUCUGGAGCUCUCAGCAAAAUGGCAAGCCCCACCUCUUCCCACUGGACCUGUGGAGCUCUUUGUCGGCAUCCUUUCUGCAGGCAAUCAUUUUGCUGAGAGAAUGGCAGUUAGGAAGUCCUGGUUGCAGCUUGGAUCAAUAAAGUCCAUGAGUUUUGUUGCUCGUUUUUUUGUAGCAAUGCAUGCAAGAAAGGAAGUGAAUGUGGAGCUCAUGAAAGAAGCUGAUUUUUUUGGUGAUAUUGUUAUAGUGCCUUACAUGGAUAAUUAUGACCUAGUUGUACUGAAGACUGUUGCGAUUUGCGAGUAUGGGGUCCGUACUGUGGCUGCAAAGUACAUUAUGAAGUGUGAUGACGAUACCUUUGUAAGGCUAGAUGCAGUGAUGAAUGAAGUGAAGAAAGCCCCAAGUGCUAGAGGCUUGUACAUUGGAAAUAUCAAUUACCAUCAUAAGCCCCUACGACAUGGUAAAUGGGCAGUUACAUAUGAGGAAUGGCCUGAAGAGCACUAUCCUCCCUAUGCUAAUGGGCCUGGUUAUAUUGUGUCAUCUGACAUAGCACAAUACAUUGUAUCCGAUUUCGAGAACCAUAAACUGAGAUUAUUUAAAAUGGAAGAUGUUAGCAUGGGAACGUGGGUCGAAAAAUACAACAGCUCAAGGCCCGUCCAUUACGUGCACAGCUUGAAGUUCUGUCAGUUUGGAUGCAUCGAAGGUUAUUUUACGGCGCACUACCAAUCUCCUAGACAGAUGAUCUGCUUAUGGAGGAAAUUGCAGCAUCAAGGAAAGCCACACUGCUGCAAUAUGAGAUGACGACUUGCUUACUAGAAAUGGAUACCUGUUGUCUUUACCUAUAUAGUCUAUCCAUUUUCAAGAUUUCACAUUAGAAAUUGAAGCGGACCUCAAUUUUCGCGAAAUCUGCAUUGGACCAUUUUUAUUUCUCGCACCACAUUUUAAAAUGAAGGAAAAAAAUGAAAAAUAAUUAAAUUUAUAUGUAUUAUGCCAAAUGAAAAGUAUAGCAACAAAUUUGGCGAAACACUGUUCAUUACUAUAAUUUUAUGUGAAAAUUUGAAGCCC